UUAACCGGGUGUCAUCAUUGGUUUGGUGUUGCAAUUGUUGUCGUUGCGUUUUCACGUUUCGUAGGUAAUGACGUAGAGGUCAUAUGGUGGUGUAAUUGGCGUAACGACUUUGGUGGAGUUAUCUAUGGGUGCUGCGAUUUGUUGGUAGCGAUAUUCGUUAAUGUUAUUUUUGGUGUUGGUGUUGUUAAUAGGUCUAGAUUAGAGGAUAGA